AUACAAGCCUUCAUUUACGUACUUGGUUUUUGAAGCUCUCUCCUGUUUCUACCAAAGAGAAAUCAAAGGCAAAAAGCUGUGUGCUCCUCCCAAGGGGAGGAGGGAAGAAAUGCCUCUGAAGCUUCUACCAAGAAUUCUUACAAACCAAGUGGAUGAGAUAUGUUACUUAUGUCACCAGCACACUAUCGUUUGAACAAACUGUGGGUGAUCUUCACAGAAACUACUAAAGACUUCAAAGAACUCAUUUUAGGCAAAGUAAGUGAAAUAAGUUGUUCUGAUAAAGUAAAAUGGAUCCUUGUUCAGUUGGAAUUCAGCUUCAAGCUACCAAUGAAUGCCAUAAGACCUAUUAUACCCGUCACACUGGCUUCAAGACUAAGCAAGAUGUAUCUUCAUCUGACCUACUGUUACUUCAGCUUCGGACUGGAAUAACCCUUUCAGAGAACAAUACAAUCUGCUUCCACCAUGCAAAAAUUUACAUUGAAAGAUUUGAAGACUUACAAAAAUCAUGUUGUGAUCCCUUUAAUAUACACAGAAAACUAUCAAAGAAAAACUUACGUGCAAUUGACUUAGAUGACGCAACUUUUCUAAGCGCCAAGUUUGGAAGACAGUUUGUACCUGGUUGGAAGCUUUGUCCCAAAUGUAUGCAGAUAAUAAAUGGAACCGUGGAUGUUGAAUCCGAAGAUCGCCAAAGAAGAAAACUUGAUUCGGACGGGCGUACAGCUAAGGCUUUAAAGUCUCUACAGUUUGCUAAUCCAGGACGACAGACUGAAUUCACUCCUGAGACCAGUAAAAGGGAAAAAAGGCGGCUGCAGGCAAAAAAUGCAUCAUUUAAUUCAGACAGGCAAGUUAUACCAGCCAAGAGUAAAGUCUACGAUAGCCAGGGACUACUACUUUACAGUGGGAUGGACCUCUGUGAUUGUCUUGAUGAAGAUUGCCUGGGAUGUUUCUACGCUUGCCCCAAGUGUGGCUCCAACAAGUGUGGAGCCGAAUGUCGCUGUGACCGCAAGUGGCUAUAUGAGCAAAUUGAGAUAGAAGGAGGAGAAAUAAUUAGAAAUAAGCAUGUUGGUUAGUGUAUAUGCACAUUGUUUAUCCUGAGUAUAUAUUCCAUGCUUUGAUUAAACACAGCACAUUAAUCAUUUAGUGGUUUAAUGAAAGCCGUUGGAAUUUAUCAUGAUCCACAUGAUUGAUGUUCUCACUUUCACAUUCAUUUUCAGUACGAUUAUGGAAAUAUUCUUAAUCAUACUACUGCCUUUUCACACUUCGUUCUACCUUGCACUCAGUCUUGUUAGUCAUCCAAGUAAGUUCUCAUUGAACAGUCUUUCACUGUAUUUAAGUACAAGAUCCUAAAUUUUCACGUGACAUAUCCUGAGCCACUCACCAUCGUUUCAUAUACUGCUUUGUAGAGUGUACAAUCUCCAGGUGUCCCUCAUUUUGCCUUCUCUAGUUCAGGAUCUCAUGGUUUUGAAGCUGGUUUAUGUGCAACACUCUAAAAGUUCUCAGUGAAUUUACAUGCAGAAUUAAUAAAGCCCUCUCCAGUAUUAAUAGCGAAUGCUAUAUCUUCUAUAGAUUAUCCCAGCUACAUCUGAUAAAUUGAAUCCUGUUCACUUAAAUGGAUUCAAAGGCAUUUAGGAUUUCAGAUCCCAUCCCAGUUACUGGGAUUUGAGGUCAAGUUAUCCUUUUGAAUUCAAGCCUCACUGUUAAAGUGUUAUUAAACUGUCAUGGCAUUGGAAAAUAUGUUAAAGUAUUUAAUUGUGGUACUGUUUUCCUGGUUGCUGUAUAACACAAUUGAAAUAAUUUUGCUGUGUUUGUUAUCAGCCUGGACCAGUACUUCAGCAGCCCUCUCCCCUUUUUUUAUUGUUGUUUGUUUUUAAGGUAAAUGUUUACAUGUAGCUGAAAUGAAUUUGAGUGUCUGUUCCCAAACUAAGAAUAGCCAGACUGCUACAAAAAACUAAACAGUUGAAUUGAAAUUAUGUUUGGUUGAUGCAAUAUCUAUCCUCAGAACAUUAAAAUAUACAAUAUAACAGGAUUUAUGGAAAAGAAAUGUUUAUAAUUGAAAUCUUAGUAACAUUUAAAGUGUUAUUCCUUGGUAUUUUUGUUGUGUUUUGGAUAAAUUUCCUACUUUUGUGAUAGACUUGGAAGAUCUGCAUGUUUAUUGGGUCACAUUUAUUCAAGAAUACUCUUAACUAUUGAUUUCUGAAGACUUAGUUGAUAAAGUUGUAUGAUCUUGCUAUUUGUUUAGAGUAUUUUCUGGUAAGUGUCAUGACAGUUACAAUGCUAAAAGCCAAAGUUACACUUUGAGUUGUACUGACCUCUGCUGGUCCUAGUGAAGUAUACUUGUACUACAUUUUUAUUAAAUCUGCUACAAAAUUAAACGGACUUUC